AUGGAUGCCGCCGACACUCCAACUUCAUCGGCGAUGGCUGAAAUCUCCGGAGCUCCGCCGUCUUCAGCUUCUGAAAUUCAGAGCAGUCAACCGGAGUUCGAUCCUGAAACCAUGCGCAAAACCAAGCCCGGAUUUAAGCGCUUGGUUCUCACUUUCACUGUUUUCCUGUCUUUCCUCAUAGGUCUACCAUUUUUCCUGAAAUCAAUUGAAAUUUACAGAUCACCGUUGCCGUUCCGCGAGAUCAACAGAUUAUCCGCCUCUGUGGAGUUGAAUCCCUUACAUUUUCCUUGCAAAUUUCGAGCAGUUUUGUUCCAUGGUGGUGGAGCUUCGUAUACUGCUAACGAGUUGUCGGUUUUGAUUCAAUCUCACAUGCGGAAGCUCGCCGCAAAAGAUUCUGCAUCUUGCGGCACUUGUGAUUGUAAUUCUACUGUUUCUGUAGCCUUAGAAUCUGUUUCCGACUGUUCUCGAAGCGACAGUGAAUUUGAUUGGAAAUGUGGAUCGCUUAAUGAGCUGAACCAGUAUUGGAAUUCGAGGGAAUAUGAUGAUGAGUUGUUUGAUGGCCAUUUGAAGUCUUUGUUGGAUGACAAUGGCAAUCCUAGUAAUGGUGAAGUUUAUACAGUCAUUGUGGUUAGGAGAGAGGAAGACGAGAAUGUGACUGCUGUUGUUGGGAAAUACCGGCAUGCGUGGGUUGUAGGUCGGGUUUCGGAGGAGGAGGCUGCGAUGAAGGUGGCUGAGAUCUUCGUGAAGGCAUUCAUGAAUGGUGGAAAAGAGGAAGGUUCUAUUAGUGGGGAGUUUAUGCCGGUAGGGGCAGAUGGGAGGAUUGUUCUCUCUUUCAAUUUGCUGAAUGCUGAUCCACGGGAUUGGAUUUAUGGCUGGGAUUUUCAGGAGCUAGAAAAUGAUCUCUUGGCUCCCAUUACUGAGGCACUUAAGCCUCUUGCAGAUAUUCGGGUAGAGAGUCAGGUUUUAUACCACACUCCAAAGGCAUCAUUUUCCUAUUGGGAUGACAAGUUGGGAAGCUUUAUUUUCACCGCAAAAGAUCUUCCUUUCUUUGUAAACUCAAACGAGUGGCACCUGGACGCAUCAGUUGCAGCUGGAGGGCGCUCAAAGAUUCUACAUUUUGUACUAUAUGUGCCAUCCGCAUCAGAAUGUCCACUUCAAUUGCGGCUUCCAAAUGGAGAUAUUUCUCCAACACAUGGCUUUAUAUCUCCAAUGUGGGGAAGUGUUGUUGUUUGGAAUCCGGCUUGUUUUAACGACUCAAAAAUGGAAACUAACGUCAGGCAUAAGAUUUCUCCUGAGGACAUGAAGAAAAUUUUUGAAGUCUUCAUAGGCCAGUUACGACAACUCUUUGGUCUGAAGUCUAAAGGACUCUUUGCUGAUGCAUCCGGCACAUUACGUUUGUUAACAAGUGACAGAGGCUUCACAGAAUGGGAAUUGGAUGUGUUGUCCCGGCAGCACACUUGUUUUAAUCUUCUUCAAUGUUCCACAACUCUUGGAUCACUUUCUCGGCUGGUAAAGUCACUUCCUAGAAUGAUCAUUAAGGAUGAAAUAGGGAAACAGCAGGUAAGGUACUCUCUUGAAGCUGCAAAAAUGGCUUUAAGCAAUGUGUCUGAUGGAGUUUAUGAUUCUUCUGCAGUUUCCUCGAGACAAGCUAGAUCCUUUGCUGAGGAUGCAUUUUAUCACCCGUCCAUGAUGUCUGUGAGCUACUACUCAUUUGAGCACUGCUUUGCUGUAUAUUCGCCCUUCUUUCUGCCGGUUUCUCUGCACGUGCUUCUUGCAGCCCUCAGGGAAUGGAAAAGAUACAAGCAGGAGAAAAGAAAAUACGAUGCGUGGAAAGAUAAAAAAUUGUGA